AGAGAGAGAGAGAGAGAGAGAUGAUGAGGUAGCAACAUAGCAAGCACAAGAGCGCAAUCUGACAUCCCAGCGCGUGGUCUGUAGCAUAAUUUUACCGUUACCGUUUACUAUAGCCUGUAUCAAAAGAAAAAGAGAAUUCGACGAAUUCUGGGUGCAGAUUUUAAUCGUAGCCUACUGAACUUGUCAUAUUUUCUAUUUUUUACUACACGUUGCUUUUUCUGUAAUAUUUGGAAUUGUGAUCAAGAAAAGCAAAAUAUGAAGGAUAAUGUUUAAUGUCACUCAAUAAGAUCAGUUGAAGAAGAUCAAAAGUCCAAUCAAGACCAAUCAUCAAAAAGACCCAAACUACCAGUGACAACAACAUCGUCCACAUUCCGCCAUGGCUUCCAACACCAUCGCUGUCCCCAGUGGAGCGGAGGGAGAACAGCAGCCGGAGCAGACCAUCACCUUACAGCCAACCAGAGCUGAGCACCAAGAGACAGCCCCUGACUCCAGCCAAUCGGAAUCCAAAGACCACUUGGCAGUAAUCAGUGAGAAGAUGGAAACCAGUAAUGGAAUGUGUGCUGCCGACUCCUCGCCCACAUCUUCCAUCUCAUCCCCCAAGCGACACGCCAAACCAACCAACGGCCGGGUGCGGAAAGGAAGCCGCUCUGGGUCCCUGCUGGGUCAUGGGGCAGGGUCUCCCAGGCCUUCCAUCAGCCGUCAGCCCAGCACCGUGCCAGAGGAGGACGACGGCAAGCCCCCUAGAGACUACCUGAUCCUGGCCAUCCUGUCCUGCUUCUGCCCCUUGUGGCCCAUCAACAUUGUGGGUCUCGUCUUCUCUGUUAUGUCGAGGAAAAGCCUACAGCUGGGGAACGUUGACGGGGCGCGGCGUCUGGGCCGGAACGCAAUGGUGCUGUCUAUCGUCUCGCUAGUUGGCGGGGUCAUCAUCAUCAUCGCGGCCAUCGUCUUAAACUGGGGAAGUAUAAUAAAAUCCUGAGGGUCACCAUGGACACCAGGAGCAAGAUCG